GGAAAUUUCGGCACGGUUCGUCGAGCGACGCAUAAAGAAACGGGCAUAAAAUAUGCAGCAAAAUUCUUGAGACGUCGUCGUCGUGCCACUUGUUGGAUCAAACAAAUUCAACAUGAAAUUGCUGUUCUGAUGUUAAGCACCGAUUCAAAGCAAAUCGUGAAACUUCAUGCUGUGUAUGAAACACGCAAUGAAUUCGUUUUGGUUCUUGAAAUGGCUUCUGGUGACUUGCAAGCGAUCUUAGAUGACGAUGGUUCACUGACCGAACAAAAGACUCGCAAUUGCAUUCGUGAAGUUCUUAAAGCUUUGGAUUAUUUACAUCGAAGAAACGUCGCUCAUCUCGACAUCAAACCACAAAAUAUUCUGCUUAAUAAUUCAAACAAUUUGGAAGAUGGUUUGAAGUUGUGCGACUUUGGUUUCUCUCGUGCAAUUGAGGGCAAUAGCAAUGUGUGUGAGAUUCAAGGAACACCAGACUUUGUCGCGCCUGAGAUCAUUCAAUACGAGCCACUUUCAUUAAAGACCGAUAUUUGGUCAAUUGGUGUGUUGACUUAUGUGCUUUUAUCGGGCUUUAGUCCAUUUGGUAGCGAUGAUAAACAGGAGACUUUCCUUAACAUUACACAAUGUAAUUUAACGUUUCCCGAUGAUCUUUUCGAAGGCAUUUCUGAUGAUGCCAUUGAUUUUAUGAAAAUUACAAUGCGACUUAAAUCGUGUAAACGUCCAAAUGUAAAUGAAUGUUUGAAUCAUAAAUGGCUGACAGAUGAGAUCAUGUCAAAUGAUGAUAAUUCGUCGACAAUCCUCAACGUACAAAAUCUUAACGUCACCAUCACAGCAAUUCCUUUCAAUGACAAUGACAUCACGAAUGAAUCAGAUUCGUUCUUAAAUUAUGAUGAAGACAAAGAAAAUUCUGUUAAAACGAUGGAGAAUGGAGAGAAAGAUGCAUCAACGAUUACAUCAAUCGUACAACAUCAUAUCGCAGCUACAAACACAAAGCUUCGUCUUGAAAAGUCAUCUUCAAUUUCCCUUUUUCCUGAUGCACCAACAACGCCGAAAGUUUGUCGGAAAGCGCCAUGCGAUGAAACUUCUAAUAUAAUAAUGCUUCUCAAGGAUCUUCUUCGAUUGUCUUCACAUAAUCGAACUCUUUACUGUUAUCUGCUGUUGUGGAUUCUGCUAAUAAUCCUUGGAAUGUACAAAUAUGUGUCGUCUGAUACGAAUAUGAACAUAUUAGCAACAAAAUCAUUUAACAAGAACAAACAACACCUCAGCGAACAUGAAACGCGACAAAUGCAAAUGGAAGAGUCAAAUCAACUGUUUUGCAAUAAUAUUGAAGGUCUGGUGCCAGCUGAAGAAGGCGGAAUUAUCGAAGGAUGGACACUUCAAGGAAUUCUCUUGCUGAUUCGACAUGGCGUUCGAGCUUCACUCAACCAUGUUCGUGAUAGUUCGAUUGAUUGCAGCCAUGAGAACGAUUCAAUGUUGACAAAAUAUCGCAAUUAUUUACUCAACUCAACAUUGUCUGGUCCAAAUGGAAGCAAUAAUGGACAUGCAGCUUGGAAUCGCCAGGGACCGUUUCAUGGAUUUCCAAUGCUUCCAGCUGACAAUCGUGUUUGUCUGCUUGGACAAUUAACUUACAAAGGCAUUUCUCAAUUGCUUCAUGUUGGUGAAUUAAUGAAAAUCGCUUACGCUCAUCCACUUAACUUGUUUCGAAAACUUCCACCAUCACCAAAAUCAUCAUCAAACACAUCCGAGAAUCUUUUUAGUCAAAUUCUUAACAGUGAAGAGAUUAUUGUUUACAGUACAAGAUAUCGGAGAACAUUUCAAUCAGCAAUGGCUUUAUUGCACAAUUUUUUACCGAUCGAUCGAUGGCAUAAUGUGCAAGUCCAAGAAAGUCAUAGCUUAGCUUAUUGUUUCAGUGAUUGUGCUUGUCCAAAUGCUGAAUACAUCAAAAAACAAUUGUCAAAGAAAAAGUCAAAAGACUUCACAUCAAAUCCAACGGUGGCAUCUCUCGUACAUUGGAUUGGAACGUCAUUACUUCAAUCACAAGAUGUAUCGAUUUUAAAUCCUUUGGAAUUACGUGAUGUUUUGUUGAUGUAUUUGUGUCAUAAUCAGGAGUUGCCGUGUCAAAAGAAAUCACAUCAAUCAACAACGCAAUCACAUCACGAUAGCGAUAUAAACGAUAUUAUUGAUUUAGAUGAGAGCCAGCAACAAUCUAUUGAUAGUCCGACGACAAAAGAUGAUGACGAUGACAUCGAGGAAGCGAUUCCAAACAGUCUAACCGACAAUUGCAUCGAACAUAGUCACGUUGAGACACUUUUGACUUACACGAACUUAUACGAGCUUCGAGAGAGUAACAAUCGUUUGAAAAUUAUCGAACGGUUACUUCGAGCUUAUGGUCUCAUUCGAAACAUCGUCAAUUAUAUGUUGAAAAUGAUUUCGGGUGAUAAAUUGAAAAUGGUUUUAUACUCAUCGCACGAUCAAACGAUUCAAAAUGUAUUAGCAGCCAUUGGAUUGUUGGAAGAGUCGUCGUUUAUUCCUUAUGCAACGCGAAUGGCUUUUGAAGUUUAUCAAAGCAAUACCGAUAGUCAGCACUACUUUCGUUUAGUGUACAACGGAAAAGACGUUACAAGAAAAAUGACUUUGUGCUUGGAUGGGAAAAGCCUUCGAGUGAAUCGUGGUCGUGGAAAGGCGGCACAUUUAUGUCCUAUUGAGAACAUCAUAAGGUUUAUUCACGACGAUUACUUUGUUAUGAUGAAUGUUACGAACUUUAAAGAUGCUUGUUUCUUCGAGAGAAAUUCAUACAUUUAAACAAAAGAAAUUUUUAUAAAUCAACAAUCAUAUCAUUAACAUAUCUGAAUAGAGUAAAGAAUCGAAUUACGGAAUGAUUAUUUAUUUUCAUGUCAUAAGUUUCAGUUGCGAUUCAUUCCAUAAUUUGGUGUUUUACUCUAGUAGAAGAAAAAUGUUACCUUAGGCUUUUUAAUCGAACAACAUUGUGAUAUUUUGUUUUCAAUUUUAAUUGAAAGAAAUAACCCAACAUUACUACUGUCUUAUUUAAGAAAUUUAUUGACAGGGAACAGAACUUCUAUUUGCAUAACUCACAAAGUAGAAUAAAAUUUUAUUUAUUUUUUCCUGAAAUCAAAAGCAAUAAAAGAAUAUAAAUUUACUUUAUGUUGUAAAUUUCAAGAUGAGACAGUGAAAUAUAUUUACUCAUUCAUUCGUGUUAAAAUGACAUUAUCAAUAAAAUAAACGUUUAAAUGGUCAAC